UACUCUAUUUUCUGUGUAUAAAUAGAGGACCAAACAUAAGAAUCACCCCAAAAAACACACACAAACAAACAAACAAGCAAACAUAUCAUGUGCGAUACCCUCAACAACGACUACCACCUCUGCGAAGAGCUCGGCCGCGGCCGCUUCGGCGUCGUCCACCGCUGCUACUCCCCUUCCUCCUCCUCCUCCUCCUUCGCCUGCAAGUCCAUCGCCAAGCGCGACCUCUCCUCCGACCCCACCGACCGCCGCUGCCUCGACGUCGAGCCCAAGAUCCUCCGCCUCCUCUCCGCCUGCCCCAACGUCCUCCGCCUCCACGACGUCUACGACAACGACGACUAUCUCCACCUUGUCACCGACCUCUGCGACGGCGGCGACCUCUUCGACCGCCUCUCCUCCUCCCCCCGCUUCUCCGAGCGCGACGCCGCCAGGGUCAUCUCGCAGCUCAUGUCCGCAGUCGCCUUCUGCCACCGCGCCGGCGUCGCCCACCGCGACAUCAAGCCCGACAACAUCCUCUUCGACUCGCGCGGCGCCCUCAAGCUCGCCGACUUCGGCUCCGCGGAGCUCUUCGGGGCCGAGGAGAUGACCGGCGUCGUCGGGACGCCCUACUACGUGGCGCCGGAGGUGCUGAUGGGCGGGAAUUACGACGAGAAGGUCGACGUCUGGAGCGCCGGCGUCAUCCUCUACAUGAUGCUCGCCGGCGUCCCCCCUUUCUACGGCGACGGCCCCGUCGAGACCUUUGAGGCCGUGCUGCGGGAGAGGCUGAGGUUUCCGACGAAGCUUUUCCGGUCGGUAUCGCCGGAGGCAAAGGAUCUGCUGAGGAAGAUGAUCUGCAAAGACGCCUGCCGGAGAUUCUCCGCCGAGCAAGUUCUCAGCCAUCCAUGGAUAAUGAAUGGAGGAGAGAGGGAGGAGUAGUUGAAGCAGAAAUGGUAUGUAAAGGUGAUCUCUUAUCACAGGCCGGUGAACCGCAGAGGAUGGUGUCGAAAAUUGGGGGAAGAAGAUACAGCUAUGCUUCGAUUAAAAACAAACCACGGUCCGUGUAUCUGAUGUUGGUGAGGUUUUAGAGAUUAAGAUGUCAAAUUUGGGAGUGGUCUUAAUCGUGUUAUUAAAUAUACGAUAUAAUAUGACCAUGAAUCAAAUAACCCAAAUUUAGGUGUUUGUUUGUUUGUUUGUUUGAUAUCCAUAUUAAGGGGCGAUGAAGAAGAGAAGGAUGUAAAUGUCCUCAGACAUAGUACUAGAUCAUGUUGUAUAUGACUAUAUUAUUAUAUAAAUAUAUGACUGUAUUGUUGAUUUCA